GAACUUCAAUUUUAUUUUUUUUUUUAUGCUUAAAAUUGUUCAGUACAAUCGUUAUGUUUUAAACCGCACCAACCGAACCGAUCCAAACUGCAUUGGUUUGGUUUGGUUUGGUUUGGAUGACUUUUUAAAAAUCAACCGAACCAAACCGAACCGCAUGCAUUUUUAUCUCGCGGUUAGGAUGACUUUUAUGCUCAAAACCGAACCAAACCGCACCGCGAUCACCUCUACAUGCAACCACACUUCAUGCCAUUUUGUAUAUGAUUCUAUGUCCACACAACAUCAAAUUUGCAACCAUGGCAGCAUCUUGCAACUUUCAGAAAAUCCAUCUUCUUGCUUUCUUUCAUUUAACAUUAUCCCUCUUGCUUCUUGUAACAUCUCAUGGAGCUCCAUUAUCAUUCAACUAUGAUCAACUUGGUAGUGACAAAACAAAAGCCUUAAAUUUUUCAGGUACUGAUGUCUAUCAAGACAACCAAGUCCUCCAACUCACAAGAUACGAGAAAGACAGUCUAGGUAGAGUCACAUAUUCAAAACUGUUUCAUCUUUGGGACAUAAACACAAAUCAAGUCACAGAUUUCACUACUCGUUUCUCAUUUACUAUUAACACCCCUAACAAAACCAAUCAUGGAGAUGGCAUCACAUUCUAUUUGGCACAUCCAAAUUUUCCACUACCUGUUCCAAGAGAUGGAAGUGGUAUUGGUCUUGUAAGCCCUGUUAAAUUGAAUAAUCCAAAUUUCAGAAAAGAAUAUCCAUUUGUAGCUGUGGAGUUUGAUACUUUUGUUAAUGAUUUUGAUCCUAAAUAUGAUCAUGUUGGGAUUGAUGUUAAUUCUAUAAGCACUUCUUACACUACACAAUGGUUCACUAGCAUGGAUGAAAGAGGAUAUGAUGCUGAAGUGAGUUAUAAUUCUAGUUCAAACAACUUAUCUGUCACCUUCACAGGUUAUUCAGAUAACAAAAUGAUUCAACAGAAUUUGUGGAGUGUUGUCGAUUUGAGAGAAGUUCUACCUGAUUGGGUUGAAUUUGGAUUCACUUCAGCAACAGGGUUGUUAUGGGGGGAGUAUCAUACUCUUAACUCAUGGUCCUUCAACUCAAAUUUAGAUUUUGAAGCAGAAAAAGAUGGAACAAAAAUAGGACUAGUUAUAGGACUAAGUGUUGGUGGUGCUGUUGUUUUGAUUUGUGUUAUUGGGUUGGUUUGUUUUGUGAAAUGGAAACUGAGGAAUAAAUAUACGAACGAUGUUUUGCAUUCUGAUCUUGCAAUGGAUAAUGAUUUUGAAAGAAGCUCUCUACCUAAGAAGUUUACCUUUGAAGAGCUUGCUAGAGCAACUAACAACUUUGCAAAAGAACACAAAAUCGGAGAAGGAGGUUUCGGAGGAGUCUACAAGGGAUUUAUAAAAGACUUGAAAACUCAUGUUGCUAUAAAGAAGGUUUCUAAGGAAUCAAAUCAAGGAGUUAAGGAGUAUGCAUCUGAAGUUAAAGUGAUUAGUCAAUUAAGGCAUAAGAAUUUAGUUCAACUUUUCGGAUGGUGUCACAGACAAAACGAUCUGCUUUUAGUUUAUGAGUUUGUGCAAAAUGGAAGCUUAGAUUCUUACCUUUUCAAAGGAAAAGGUUUACUAACAUGGACAGUGAGAUAUAAUAUAGCUAGAGGCUUAGCCUCAGCAUUAUUAUACCUUCAUGAAGAGUGCGAACAAUGCGUCCUUCAUAGAGACAUAAAACCAAGCAAUAUUAUGUUGGAUACUAAUUUCAAUACAAAGCUUGGUGAUUUUGGUUUGGCUAGAUUAAUGAACCACGAGAUCGAAUCAAAAACAACUGUUUUAGCAGGUACAUAUGGUUAUUUAUCACCUGAAGCUGCUACUAGAGGUAAAGCUAGUAGAGAAGCUGAUGUAUAUAGUUUUGGAGUUGUUGCAUUGGAAAUAGCUUGUGGUAGAAAAGCAAUUGAACCGAGUCUCGUUGAAGAUAAUAUUUACUUGGUAGAUUGGGUUUUGGAACUUUAUGGUAAAGGUGAGCUUCUUAAAGGAAGUGAUUCAAGAUUAUAUGGAGAAUUCAAUGAGAAGGAAAUUGAGAGGUUAAUGAUAGUUGGACUUUGGUGUACUCAUAUUGAUCAUGUUCAAAGACCUAUGAUUAGGCAAGUUGUUCAAGUGCUUAAUUUUGAUGUUCCAUUGCCUAAUCUUCCAUUACAGAUGAAUGCUUCUACCUAUAAUACAUCAUUCUAUUCUGUGUCUUCUAAAUCUAAGAGUCCUUCUGAUUUUGCAACUAAGACUUCAACUUCAAGCAAUAGUACCGUCACAGGGUCCUCCUCGCAAUCAAGUACUGCCUUUGAAGUCAUUUCUCCAUCAGCUGCACUUCUAAAUACAUUCUAGUUUGAUUUUAUGUUAUAAUUAUAAUCUGUAUUUCUUUCUUUUAUAAGCUUUAUCUUAGGAAUGAAUUGAGAUUGUACAUUAGUGUUACACAUAAUCUUUUGGCUCUUUUAUAUUUACUUGUCUAAUGCAUUUUCUUCUUGCAAGUUGCAACUUCAAGUUUUAAACUCACCUUAGUUUAGUGCCACAAAUAAUUCCUAAGUCCUUUAAUAUGUAUAGGUCCAAUGCUUUUUUAUUUUUCCUGUAACAUCAAAUAUAAAAGUUCUUGGGAAAUCACUCUUUUGUCUUAAUCUUCUCUAAUUAAAUAUGUUAUUUGACUGGUUUUCUAAUUAAAGUCAUAUGUUGCAUCUUUGGGACGAAGUAAAAUCUAUAUGUAAAUCUUUCUUUUCAAACAAGCUACCCAUCUUUAUGUAAAUCCUUUUUCUUUUUACUUUUUCCUUUUUUCUUUUUUCUUUUUUCAUAAGUUUCAACUCCUCAACACGUUGUCUCCAAAAGACAAUUUGUUAAAGCAAGGUAAAAAGAUAUUUCCACACGUACAUUAUAUUUUCAGGCUUCUAAGUUCUAACAAUUGAUUUCUUGUCAAACAAACAAUUGACUUCUCAAUAUAAGUUUAUUAUUAUGUUAUUUCAAAAAAAGAAAAGAAUAUGAAAUUGUAUUCAUAUAUUAUAUAUUAUUUUUAGGCAUGCGGGAAUUUUUAUGAAGAAAGAGGUAUCAGUGAACUUCUUGACAGACUCACAAGAAGCGAGAUCGACACUUCGGUCAGCGGACGUUAUGGUGUAUGGAUGGGUGGGAAACAUGUUUUGUGUAGAUUUAAAUGGAGUUUCCUCACUUGUGGACUGUGGGCCGAAGAUUUUACAGUAGCGGAAGGAUAAAACAUGAAAAACAUAGGAUGUGCGAGAAACACAUACACAGGUGGGAAAAGAAAUUCUCAAGUAAGAAACGUACCUAGUAUGAAUUCUUUAGUUUUGGCCCAAUUCAAAUGAUGUGGGCUUCAAAGACCAACCCAGCCUCAUGGUGAUUUCAUGAGAUCUCCAGAACGUUCUUUUCAGUUAUCACCCCCAAAUAGAAAAAACCUAGAACGUUCUUUUACCACAAUUGGCGCGGAAAUGGCCAAACGGUUUUCGAAUUUUCUAGCAAAGACUCGUUUCCUCCUGUAAUUCAUAUAAAUGCCUAUCAAUUAUCCUCUGGCGAACCAUCAAAGAAUUUCAAAUCAAAACAUUCAUAACAAUCUUCAAAGCUUUCAAAUUCAGAGAAGAAAAAGAUGUCGCUGAUUCCAAGUUUCUUCGGUGGCAGAAGGAGCAACGUCUUCGAUCCAUUCUCCCUCGACGUUUUCGAUCCAUUCAAGGAUUUUCCGUUAUCCAAUUCACUUACUGCUUCCUUUCCUGAAUUGUCUCGUGAAAAUUCUGCAUUCGUGAGCACACGUGUGGACUGGAAGGAGACUCCAGAAGCGCACGUGUUCAAGGCAGAUCUUCCAGGACUGAAGAAGGAGGAAGUGAAGGUUGAGAUCGAAGAUGAUAAAGUUCUUCAGAUAAGCGGAGAAAGAAGCGUUGAGAAAGAAGAUAAGAACGAUCAAUGGCAUCGCGUGGAGCGUAGCAGUGGAAAGUUCUUGAGGAGAUUCAGAUUGCCAGAGAAUGCUAAAAUGGAUCAAGUUAAGGCGAAUAUUGAGAAUGGUGUUCUGACUGUAACUGUUCCUAAAGAAGAAGUUAAGAAGCCUGAAGUCAAGACAAUUGAUAUCUCUGGUUAGAUACUAAAUUGAUUUCUGUGUUAGAAUUGCUUUAUUCUAAUGGAUAUGUGUUUUGUUGUGUACUGUGAGUAUGAAAGAAAAAGAAUGAAAUCAUGUAAUGUGUUUUGUAAUUUCCAGAAUCUUAUGUUAUGUGAAUAAAUUCCAGUUUGCAAUAA